GAGGCAGUGCUGAGUUAAAGACACACAAACACAGACACAUUACAGCAAAAUAGCGAGAGAGGAGAGAGACAGAUGAUCAGAGCUUCAGCCGCUUGUACUGAUUUUCAAACAUUGAUCAUGAAUAUAUCGAGAGGAUCUGACUGAAUCUGUCGCUUGUGUGUGUAAAGGAGUCAAAGCGAAACCAUUUUUCCCCCCGUGGCGCACGGAUUUCUCGCCCUAUUAAUCAGUCCGAUUGCAAAUCAUCUUUACAGAAGAUAUUAGCGAUAAUCGUAUAAUUUACUGUGCAUUUGAGAAGAAAGGAUCUUUUAAACAUGGGAUGUUUGGGCAACAGCAAGACAGAGGAUCAGCGCAUCGACGAGAAGGCUCAACGAGAAGCGAAUAAAAAGAUCGAGAAACAGUUACAGAAAGAGAGACAGGCGUAUAAAGCCACACACCGCUUGCUCUUAUUAGGCGCUGGGGAAUCCGGGAAGAGCACUAUUGUCAAACAGAUGCGAAUCCUGCACGUCAACGGCUUUAACGCAGAAGAAAAGAAGCAAAAAAUAUUGGAUAUCCGGAAAAAUGUGAAGGACGCCAUUGUGACGAUAAUAUCUGCAAUGAGCACCUUAACGCCCCCAGUGUCAAUUGCCAACCCGUCCAAUCAGCCCAGAGCUGAGUACAUCAAAAGUAUAGCUCCACUCUCAGAUUUUGACUACACAGAGGAAUUUUUUGAGCAUGCAAAGCAUCUGUGGGAUGAUGAGGGAGUGAAGGCCUGUUUCGAGCGCUCAAACGAGUAUCAACUCAUCGACUGCGCACAGUACUUCCUGGAUAGAAUUGAGUCUGUACGACAGAGUGACUACACACCAACAGACCAGGAUUUGCUGAGGUGCCGUGUUUUGACUUCAGGGAUUUUUGAAACCCGAUUUCAAGUAGACAAAGUCAACUUUCAUAUGUUUGAUGUGGGCGGUCAGAGAGAUGAAAGAAGGAAAUGGAUUCAGUGCUUUAAUGAUGUGACCGCCAUCAUCUUUGUGGCAGCCAGUAGCAGUUAUAACAUGGUCAUAAGGGAGGACAACAGCACUAACCGGCUGCGCGAGUCUCUUGAUCUGUUCCGCAGCAUCUGGACUAACAGGUUUUUAAGGACCAUCUCAGUGAUCUUAUUCCUGAACAAACAAGACAUGCUGGCAGAAAAAAUUCUGGCAGGAAAAUCCAAACUCGAAGAUUAUUUUCCAGAGUAUGCUCGAUACACUCUUCCUCCUGAAGCAACCCCUGAUCCCGGAGAAGACCCGAAAGUGUCCAGGGCAAAGUUUUUUAUUCGAGAUGAAUUCUUGAAAAUCAGCACAGCGAGCGGCACAGACAAACACUACUGCUAUCCUCACUUCACCUGUGCUGUGGACACAGAAAACAUCCGUCGUGUAUUCAAUGACUGUCGUGACAUUAUUCAGAGGAUGCACCUCCGCCAAUAUGAACUCUUGUGAUUGGCUCCCCAGAUCUGGCUGCUCCUCCAAUCAACACUUUUCCAGUCCCACAUCACAUGGGGUCUUUGAGAACUACUGAAGAGUGACAAUGUUGUCAUGUUUUUUGUUGUUGUUGCGCUUGUUUUCCUUUUUCUGACUUUCACAUGCUUGUUUUCGUUUCUAAAUUAUUUAUAGUCUUGUGUAUGUGUGUGCAUAUAUAUAUAUAUAUAUAUA